GCUUACCACAACGUUGCUGGCAAAAUGACGGCCCCGAUUUCCUCCCCACAUUGUCUUUCCGCGGCGAAUUGUGGGAUUGAUUCUUCUGUUGUCGUUUUUUCUCCUGGUUGAAGGUUGAGAGUAAUUCGAAAGAUUGCCGACUGCAAUGUCGAGCGUUGUGAGGAUUAGCCCAUCAAGGGCCACGAGGGCCGUGAAUCUCCUUCGGACUAUUCAAUUUACGCACCCACCAAACUGUCCCUGCCACUCGAACCCGGCCCACCACCACCAUGGCCCUUCAACGAUCCACCAGGCAAAACGCGCCCUGGCGACCCCAAUCGACCACUCCCAGCAGAAGGAAUACGCCUUUGAGAUGGCGGCCUCGUCGAUACGCUUCGGCCCCGGCUGCACCAAGGAAGUCGGCAUGGAUCUGAAGAACAUGGGCGCGAAGAAAGUCAUGGUGGUGACGGAUGGGAAUGUGCGGAAGCUGGGGGCGAUGCAGCGUGCGAUUCAGGCGCUGGAGAGCGAGGGCGUGCAGUACGAUAUCUUUGACGGGGUCAGGGUGGAGCCCAAGGAUAGCAGCAUCAAGCAGGCGAUUGAGUAUGCGAAACCGUACGGAGCGGAUGCGUUUUUGGCGGUGGGAGGAGGGAGUGUUAUCGAUACUGCCAAGUUGAUGAACUUGUACACCACGUUCCCUGAGGCGGAUUUCCUCGACUUCGUCAACGCCCCUCUCGGGCGUGGACUUCCCAUCCAGGGGAAACUGAAACCCCUGAUUGCCGUACCUACCACAGCAGGCACUGGGUCUGAAACCACCGGCACCGCCAUCUUUGACCUCGUCUCCAAGCGCGCAAAAACGGGCAUCGCACACCGCAACCUCAAGCCCACACUUGGCAUAGUCGACCCUCUCAACACGCGCACCAUGCCCUCCGCCGUGCACGCCGCCUCGGGGCUCGACGUCCUCUGCCACAGCCUGGAGUCCUGGACCGCCAUCCCCUUCCACGAACGCGUACCUCGUCCAACCAACCCCAUCAAUCGCCCAGCGUACCAAGGCGCGAACCCCAUCUCCGACAUCUUCUCGCUCAACGCGCUGCGCGACACGGUCAAGUACCUCCCGCGCGCCGUCAAGGACCCGGAAGACCACGAAGCGCAGGCAAAGAUGCUCCUGGCCGCGACGCUCGCGGGCGUCGGCUUCGGCAACGCGGGCGUCCACCUCUGCCACGGCAUGAGCUACCCGAUCUCGGGCCAGAACCCGGGCUACAAGCACAAGGGCUACGAGGUCGAGGGCCCCAUCAUCCCGCACGGCGUCAGCGUCGCCGUCUCGGCGCCCGCCGUCUUCAGGUUCACGGCCGCGAGCAACCCGGAGCGCCACCUGCAGGCGGCCGAGUGCUUCGGCGUCGACGUGUCGAACGUCAAGCGCGAGUCGGCGGGCGAGGUGCUGAGCGAGGCGCUGGCCGAGUUUUUGAUCAAGUUGGGCGACCAGCCGAGGGGGUUGCGGGAUCUGGGGUUCGGGGAGGAGCACCUGGAUGCGCUGGUUGAGGGGACUAUUCCCCAGGCGAGGGUGUUGAUGUUGGCGCCGAAUUUGGAGAUGGGGGAUUUGCAGGCUGAGAGGGAGCAGUUGAGGGGGUUGUUUGAGGAGAGUUUGAGGUAUUAGUGGAAGAAUACUGGGCUGGGUGUGAAGGGGAUUUCAGGGUUGUGUGGGACAUGUUCGCAUUGCAGGUGUUUUGUCUGUUUGGUCUGUAGGCGUGAGAUGCAUUGUUUUUCUCUUCUAAACUUUUCCAAUCUCUGCAUGGGCUUUU